GUUGCGGUGGCGAUGGAGCUGGAGCUGGAGCCGGCGGCCGCGGGCGGGCCUGGCGAGCGCUGGGCGCCAGUGGGGGCGGUGGCCGAGCCGGGCGGCGAGGAGGAGGAGGAGGAGGCCGAGCCGGGCUCCCCGCGGUCGCUGAGGGCCGAGCGGCGCCGCCUCCACUCGGCGCUCCUGGCCUUGGCCUCGCACUUCGCACAGGUCCAGUUUCGUCUCCGGCAAGUGGCGCGGGCCGGCCCGGCCCAGCAGCAGCUCCUCCUCCGGGAGCUCGAAGAGUUCGCCUUCCGCGGCUGCCCCGGAUCCGGCCUGGGCUUCGGCCUCACGGUGGCGGACAAAGUCAAUGGCGACCCCGAGAGUGAGCAUGAGAAGCAGGAACAACUAGAAGCUCGGAAGGAGAAGCAGCGCGAGCUCAUCUUGCAGCUGAAGGCCCAGCUGGAUGACCUGGAAACAUUUGCCUACCAAGAGGGCAGCUAUGAUGCAUUGCCCCAGUCCAUGGUCAUGGAGAGACAGCAGGUAAUCAUAGAAGAGCUGAUCAAGAAGCUGGACAUGAACUUGAGUGAGGACAUUGCCUCACUAUCCCCAGAAGAACUGCGCCAGCAGGUGGAUGUUGCUGUGGCACAGAUUGUCAACCCAGCACGUGUGAAAGAGCAGCUUGUAGAGCAGCUGAAAACCCAAAUCCGGGACCUUGAAAUGUUUAUCAAUUUCAUCCAAGAAGAAGGUAGCAGCCCAGGCAAACCAGAGGAUGGACAUUGUAAGUGUUCCUGUGGAAAGGCUGGAAGACACACCUGUAAGCCAAACACUCGGCAGCCUCACAGUUACAACAAAGUGAACCCUGAAGAUGCCCGGAGGAUGCGAGACGCAGGACUGCAUCUAAUGCGGCGCAUGCUUGCUGUGUUGCAGAUCUUUGCUGUGAGCCAGUUCGGCUGCGCAGCUGGGCAGAUUCCUCACCAUCUGUGGCAGAAGCACCAAACAGACAGGGAAUAUUCACCCUUGGUGAAGAAGCUGGAAAUGGCUGUGACACACGUGAGGCAGCUGGCCCAGAAGUUCCAGCUAGGAGAGCCAGAACAUGUCAUCAACUUCUCGGGGUUGCAGAACUUGGGCAAGUGGGAUGAGCUGACACUUGCUGUGCGGAAGGAGCUGACGAUUGCUGUGCGGGACCUGCUGGCCCAUGGCCUCUAUGCCCCAUCUCCUGGCAUGAGCCUGGUCCUGGCUCCGAUUGCCUGCCUCCUGCCAGUGUUGAACUCCUCCCCUCAGGCCCUGCAUCCCUGGGAGCUCUUUGUGAAGUAUUACCAAUCCAAGAAUGGCCGUGCCUUUGUGGAGUCCCCAGCUCGUAAACUCUCUCAAUCCUUUGAUCUCCCAGUGAUGGGUGGGGUCCCUGUCACACCCAAGCAGAGCCUGCUGUCAGCCAUCCACACAGUCCUGUCAGAGCAUGACCCGUUCAAGCGUAGCGCAGACUCAGAACUGAAGGCGCUCGUGUGCCUGGCGCUUAAUGAGCAGCGCCUCGUUUCCUGGCUCAAUCUCAUCUGCAAGUCUGGGGCUCUGAUCCAAGCCCACUACCAACCCUGGAGCUACAUGGCCCAGACAGGCUUCGAGGGAGCCCUCAACCUCCUCAGCCGCCUCAGCAACCUGCACUUCAGUCUGCCUGUGGACCUGGCCGUACGGCAGCUGAAGAACAUCAAGGAUGCCUUUUGAGCAGCCGAAUCCCCACCUCAGCCCUUGUGAGGGCAGCACUUUUAGCUCCAGCCCUGGAGGCCACCUCUGUUCUGUGCGCUCACAGGCACCAGUAGUGAUUUCCUCUUUGCACAGCUGCUGCUGGCAGCCUCCAUUACAUGCCCUAAGCCACAUGGCAUCCCUGCUCAUAAUCUAGUAACUGUCGAGAGAACUACCCUAGUGCUGUGUGGAAGAGGCCUGUGGGCAGAAUUCUCAUGGGCCAGUCAUUGACCUUCAUAGUGGCACCAGUAAGGCUUAGCAGCAGCAGAACAUUAAGAGUAUGUCAUCUGCAGAUGGGUGUUGUAUGACCAGCCAUUAAGAACCUGUUUCUGCCCUGAAUCCCAUGGAGCUUGGGCAAUACGGCUUCCUGAGGCAUUGGUAGCAUCUUCCUUCCGAGGCGUUGGUAGCAGAGAUGUCACCCCUGGCCUGUAUUAAAACUUCCCAAGUCUGAGCAGGGGGCUUCCUGUGCAAAUGGCUUUGAACUAUUGGACUCUCAUGGUGCAGAAGCAGUCAGUGGAAUGGGGCUUUGCCAGAAAACCACUGAGCAGUAUGAUGUGGGUUUUACUGGGUCUGCCUGAGCCUCGUGCUCACAGCUGGCAAAGAAUUAGAUGGCAGGAUGCCACAAGUGGACGGUUGAAUCAGAACCAGCAUCACAGUGUGGUAGAGAGAGAGUGUCAGGUGAUGUGAGAGAAAAGGGGAUGACCUUUACUGCAGCCAGAGGGUGAGCCCUGGGAUCUAAGGAGUCACAAAAAGCAUGCUGGUCUGUGGGGGGGAGAUGGGUGGAAGUGUCCAGCUUUAUUCCCAUUACAGAAAAGAAGCCAUUUGAACAAUCUCAUAAGAAGUCCCUUGCCUGGUUGCUGGGUGCCUUCAGUAUUGGUACGUCUGACGUGCUGUUGGGGAUAUUGUUUGUGUUCAUCCUGAUAUCAUCUAUUGUGAAAGUAGUUAAGCUGGGUGGGACUACCCUCUCUCUUCUAAUUUUCUUCUGUGGAUCAGGCAGUGGGUUGUUACUAAAAACCUCAAACUUCCAGACACUGCUUGUUCCUUUUAAGGAUGUAGUAGACUGAAGAAUACAUCAAAAGGUAAUUGACACCAAAAGUUUUUCACCCCUUUGAACAUAGGACUGCCAGUGCCAUACAAAGAAUCACAGCAAGCCUGUUACCAAUUUCUAGAUCCAGAUACACUCCUCCUAGAACUCUACACUGUUUCAUGUUUCUCAGAGGCCAGAGAAAAAGGUGAGAUAAAACUAUCAUCUUCAGAUCUUGAUCUGACAGCCCAGCAUAGAGGAGCUCCAGUGCUCAGCCAUGCCCUUGUCUGUUGCGUGAUGUCUGUAUCUCUGCAAAUAACUUGCCCUGUAAGAUGUCUAUGACUUGUUCUGCUCAAACCCCUCCGUUUAAUGUAGGAGCCCUCCUGGGGUUGCUCCGUUUUGGUUUACAUGCUGAUGCGUUUAGGAAACUGUGCCCUAGUCCCUGAGGGAUCUUCAAUUUUAAUAGUGUUUCAUUUGUUCUAAUGCCAGUUCAGUGUAAAGGAGAGUAUGUCCAUUGACAGUUUGUGUGUCUUGCUGGUAAUAAAUUAUUUCUGGCACUUGUU